AUGCCUGGUCACAAUCGCAACGCCCCUCCGGCUGAUAAGGAGCUUGAUGACGAUAUGCAUAUGGAUAUGUUCAUGGGGGAGGAUGAAGAUGGUGCCGACAGGGCGCUCGGCAGGGUGAUCAGCCGUGGCUUGCACUUCUCUGUGCCAUUUUCGUUUAAGCUGUCGAAGGACAACAGCUCCGCGUUUUUACCCUUGGAAUUUAACGCCCUGACAACAAUCACGAGCAUAUCGCUUUCUGCUGAUAAUAGUAGCUCGAAGAAGCAUAUCAUUGAACUGUGUCAUGGAGCCAAGCACUCGGAGUUCAAAACCGUCAUUGCCCGCCUUCUUCCAGGUGUUACAGAAACAAUCCUGCCUGGGCUCUCUCUAAGUGCUCACACAGAAAGGGCAAAGCUAAACCUGCUGUAUGGUGAAGGUUCUGUCGACAUCACUGGGACGAUAGAAAUGGACCUCUCUAAGGACAGAGAAAUCCGUGAGUAUAUGGCCGAAAACGACAUGCUAAGCACGCUGGACGAUCACCGAGAAUGCAAUGCUCACAAGUGUGACGAUGGCGAUGAUGAUAAGGCUGCUGUUCGUGCUCAAAUUAAGCAGAAAUUGGUGGAGAAUGCGUGCAGGGAGCCCAAGCGUAAGGCAGAGCUUGCUGUGACCUUCGGUGAUGCAGCCAAAUCCAAUGAAGUGACCAAGGAAGACAAGCCUGUGCCAAAGCAGAAGGGGUCAGUCGAGCGUACAUUCCGUGAGGUUAGGGGUGUCAAGAUAUGCGAUGUGAAAGAAGGUUCUGGUCCGGCUCUAACUCAAGGCAAGAAGGCCAGCGUCACCUACGUCCUUCGCCUCGGAAAUGAGACAGGUAAAAUAAUUGACCAAACGACUGACAAUCGCAAGUUCAAGUUCCGACUGGGUGAGGGGUCGGUCAUUUCCGGGUGGGAAAUCGGAGCGUCUGGCAUGAAGGUUGGCGGAAAGAGGAUACUUAUCAUUCCUCCACACCUCGGGUACGGGAAGAAGGGAUCACCCCCUGAGAUCCCUCCCAACUCCACCCUUUAUUUCGAGCUCCAGCUGCACAGUAUUAAUUAG